CAAACUCUCCAAUAGCAUUUUGCUACAAAAUUAACCUACUCAUGUCUUUACUUCAAUGCCUUGUGCUAAUUGUUUCUCUCUCUAUCAAAACCUCAGUUUCUUCUGCACACCUGAAUAUCCCACGGCUGAGUCCAAAUGGAGGAACAUUUUUACGCGGAAAUUAUUUUACACACGACCAGCAGAAAACUAUGUCUGCUGCUGAUCCAAUUAAUGAUUUUGAAACAUUUUAUUAUAACCAAACACUUGACCAUUUCAACUUCAGGCCUGAUAGCUUCAAUACUUUUCAACAAAGAUAUUUGAUCAAUUUCAAGCAUUGGGGUGGCUCCAAUGUUAGUGCACCAAUAUUUGCUUACCUUGGCGAAGAAGAAGCAAUUGAUGUUGAUCUCUCUAUUAUUGGCUUUCUCAGUGAGAACGCCCAUCAGUUCCAAGCUCUCCAGAUAUUUAUAGAGCACCGGUACUAUGGGAAAUCGGUCCCAUUCGGAUCAAGGGAAGAGGCAUUUCAAAAUGCAAACACUCUUGGGUACUUCAACUCAGCCCAAGCACUAGCAGAUUAUGCAGAGGUCCUCAUUCACGUAAAGAAGAAACUCCAUGCUCAGCAUUCUCCGGUGAUUGUUAUCGGGGGAUCGUAUGGGGGAAUGCUUGCUUCAUGGUUUCGGCUAAAAUACCCCCAUGUUGCUCUAGGAGCUCUAGCCUCAUCAGCUCCAAUUCGUUACUUUGAUGACAUUGUUCCCCCGGAGGAUGGAUAUUAUUCAAUUGUUACCAAAGAUUUUAGAGAAGCGAGUGAGACUUGCUACCAAACUAUAAAGAAGUCGUGGUCUGAAAUUGAUGCAAUUGCUUCUCAGCCUCAAGGCCUCUCAUUUCUUAGUGAGAAAUUUCACACUUGCAGGCCCUUGAACAAAUCGUCUGAGCUGAAGAACUACUUGGAUAAUUUGUAUUGUGAAGCAGCUCAAUACAAUAGUCCACCAACAUAUCCAGUCACUGUUGUAUGUGGGGGCAUUGAUGGAGCUUCUGGAAAUGAUACUCUUACUAAAAUAUUUGCCGGCGUUGUUGCAUAUACUGGAAACAGGUCAUGCUAUGUUAAUCAACCCAGAAAUUUAUCUGAAACAGAUAUGGGCUGGAGUUGGCAGACAUGUAGUGACAUGGUGAUUCCGAUUGGCGUCGGCAACGACAGCAUGUUUCCAGCUUACCAAUUCGACCUAAAAGACUACAUCAAAUCCUGCAAGGCACAGUAUGGCGUCCCUCCUCGGCCUCAUUGGGCCACUACUUACUUUGGAGGCCAUGAUAUAAAACUAGCACUUGAAAGGUUCGCUAGCAACAUUAUUUUCUCCAAUGGGCUAAGAGAUCCUUACAGUAGUGGCGGAGUGUUGGAGGACAUAUCAGACACCCUCGUUGCCGUCCAUACAAAGAAUGGGUCUCAUUGCUUGGAUAUACUUAAUGCAAACAGCAUUACUGAUCCAGGCUGGUUGGUAAAUCAACGCAAAAUUGAGGUGAAGGUCAUUAAACGUUGGAUAGCCAAGUACUAUGCCGACCUUCAGGCAUUUAAAAAAUAGAUAAGAUGUCUCAUGGAAACUUGAUUAGGGCAAAGAUCCUUUGCUAAAGACAAUUAAGGGUGGGCUUGCAGGCCAAAAGUUGUUAAUAACAUGCAUGUAAUUUUGCAUUUAAUUAGGUCAAUCACCCGUGUUCUCUCUCUCUCUCUCUUUCUUUUGGAUGUCCUCAAACUUUGUCUCAGUAUCAAUGCCAUAUCCCAUAA